AUGGCGGUCCUUCAGACCUGGAUAUGUUGUGUACUCGAAUCAAUGGUGAGCGGUGGCGUUUCACGACCCUCCAUCCGAGAAGGACUUCUUUUCACAUACUCCUCCAACACCCACCUUCAUGUUGCACUCGCAGACCUGUGUGUCGGCUUUUAUCACACCUCAAACAUGACGGUGCCCAAUCUCUCUCAGUUCGAAACUUUUGCUGCGCUCGUCGCGCAUUUCCAAGACACUAACAAUAGCGGAAAUCUCUGCUUCGCCCACCCAACCAACCCCCAUCAAUCACAUACACCCCUCAGCUAUGCAACGACAGCCGACAUCGCGCAAUGGACGCGUCGGGCAGCAGCAAAGUAUGUGGCGUAUGGUGUGACACCGAGGAAGGAGGGUGAAGGCCCAAAAGUGGUUGGAUUGUGGGCCAGGGGCGGGAGGGAAUGGGCUGCAUCCUUCUUCGCGAUCGUGCGGAUGGGGCACACUGUGGUCAUCAUUAGUCCGCGCCUAGUCGACCAGUACGUUUUGGACCUUCUCGAGCGAAGCGGCGCAGAGUUCGUGGUUAGUCCUUCGCCCCCUCCAACGACGAGUCCGACGGCGAACAGGAAUGCAAAACCCAAUGGACUGGCCGCCCCGGGAGGCGGAGGUAUACUCACCACCACACCGCACAACAACCCCGAUAAGUCCAACUGCACCAUCAAGCACAUCCCAAUAAUCACCCCAUCCGAGCUCUCCUCCCUUCAUGGCUCACUUCCUUCUGACGGCGACCUCUUCUCCAACCCAGCCACCAUCUCCCCCACCGACACAGCCUACCAAACCCACUCCUCCGGCAGCACCUCCACGCCCAAACUCCUCGCCUCCUCCCAACUCAAAGCAGUCCGCACCCUACAAAUCUCCCUCGAGCACUACCCGCCCUCCCGCUCUCGCUGGUUCGCGAGCGCAUUCUACAUGACCGUCGGCCUCCGUGGCCUCAUCCAGACUCUCUACGCCGAAGCGCCUGUGUUUUUUGAGGGGGAUGAGCUGCCGCUUACUAUUCAUUCGGCCGCGGAAUUCGCGAAAACUGCAAGCGAGGGUGUGGAGGGAGGUGGUGGCGGGUUGGGGGAUAUGUAUUUGACGCCUCAUACCCUCAACCUCCUCGCCUCCUCCCCUGUCGGUAUAGAGGAGCUAAGGCGUGCCGAGAAAGUAUGUGUCUUCGGCGCAGUCGUCAACGACGCAAUCGGCGACCGUCUCGUCCACCAAUACGGCGUGAAUCUAGCAGUGCAGUACGGAAUGAGCGAGACGAUGAUGCUGAUGUGGUCGACUGGUCGGGAAGUCGAUGAUAGGGAGGAUUGGAAUUGGUGUGAGAUGAUUGAGAGUAAGAAGCCUUACUUGAGGAUGGAGGCUAUUGAAGGGCAGGAAGGUGGGACACUGUAUGCGGAGCUGGUGUGUCUUCCGGGAUGUCCGGAUAUCAUGGAGGGAGUAAGGGAUAAAGAUGGGUAUUUCCGAACGGGCGAUGUGUGGGUGCGGCAUCCGGAGGGGAAAGAGAGGUGGAAGAUUGUGGGGAGGCGGGACGAUCAGGUUAAGGUGUAUCGGGAGGGGAGGCAGGUUGUGGUGAAUGCAUUGGAGUAUGAGGGGAGGAUUGUGGCGGGGUGUGGGGGUUUGGUGGCGGAGGCGGUGGUGUUUGGACAGGGGAGGGGUGGAUUGGGGGUAUUGGUGUUUGUUGAGGAGGGUAGAGGUGGUGUCGAAGGGGUGAGGGAGAAGGUCUGGGAGUGCAUUGAGCGCGAUAUCAAUGCGAGCAUGAGUGUUGAGAUUGAGGAGAAGAUGAUUGUGGUGGUGGAGAGGGAGAGGGAGAAGCUGCCGCAGACUGCAAAGUACAAUCUGAUCAGGAGUAGGGUGUAUAAGGAGUAUGAGCGGGAGAUUGAGGCUACGUAUGAUGCCACCAAUGCAGCCUGA